CUACUCCACGUAGACCGGACCAUGGCAUGGCCGUUUACAUGGCCCCGUCGCCGUCGCCGCCUUCCCCUCCCCUUCCGGCAUGGGCGGCGGCCAACGCCCUCUUCCGCCGCCACCGCCGCCUUCUCCCGCUCCUCCACCCUGCUCCUUCCCACCGCGCCUUCCUCCCCGUCCUCUCCCACUGCCUCGUCUCCGGCCUCGCCGGCAACCCCUUCGUGGCCUCCCGCCUCCUCCUCGUCUCCUCGCGCCUCUCCCUACCAUUCUCGCUGCUCCUCCUCUCCCACCUCCCAGCCUCCUCCCUCUCCCCAUUCUCCUUCAACUCGCUCAUCCGCGCGUCGCCUCCCCGCAUUGCUCUCCGCCUGUUCGGCCAAAUGCACCACAGAGACGUUCCGGCGGACACCUACACUUUCCCUUUCUUGAUCCAUGCCUGUUCCGGCAGCGAUCCUCCGCUGUGUGAGUCCCUGCACGGGCAAAGCAUCCGCGUUGGUUACAGUUCCCACCUCUUUACGCAGACGGCGCUGAUGAACAUGUACUUUGUUUGCGGGUUGGCUGCCCCCGCUCGCAGGGUGUUCGAUGAAAUGCAGGCAAGGGAUGUGGUUGUAUGGACCGGCAUGGUGUCCGGUUACGUGGACACUGGAAUGCACCUUGAAGCCGUUGAGGUCUUCCAGGAAAUGAGACGUGGAGAGGAGGUUGCAAGUCCUAAUGUGGCAACGAUUGUGUCAGUUGCUUCUGCGUGUGCCGGUCUUGGCUCCCUGGAGUAUGCUAAGUGGCUGCAUGGCUAUGUGGAGAAGCUGGGGUUCGGAAGUGACUUGAUUGUGACAAAUGCGCUGAUGGAUAUGUAUGGAAAGUGCGGUGGCGUAGAGUCAGCUCGUGCUUUGUUUAAUUUGAUGCAUGAGAAGGAUCUGCAUUCUUGGACAACGAUCAUUUCCGGGUUGGCAUCUCAUGGCCAUGUCAAAGAAGGGCUUGCUUUGUUUUCGAGCAUGCAGAAGAUGGGAGUACUGCCUGAUUCGACCACCUUCAUUGUGGUUCUGUCUGCUUGUAGCCAUGCUGGAUUGGUGGAUGAGGGGAUGUGCAUCUUCAAUUCCAUGGAGAGCAAGUACAAGGUCACCCCAGAUAUCAAGCACUAUGGCUGCAUGGUGGAUCUUUUCAGCAGGGCAGGGCUUCUUUCACGUGCUUUUCAGCUUAUUGACAGCAUGCCUUUUGACCCAAACUUGGCAAUUCUAGGAGCAUUGCUGAGUGCAUGUAGUAUCAAUAAUGAAUUGGAGAUCGGAGAACUAGUUCUCAAGAAGAUUGAAUCUGUUUGCUCCUAUAAAGGGGGUGCUAAUGUGCUUCUGUCCAAUAUCUAUGCUAACCAGAACCUGUGGCAUGAAGUUGAUUCCCUUAGAAGGAAGAUAAGAAAUGAAGCCACUUUCAGAAAGCCACCUGGUCAGAGUUUGGUUGCAGUAGAACUUCCUUUAUGACUAUGUGAUCAGGAAUUGAGUGCGUCCACUUUCAAUGGAGUUGCUCUUUUGUGACAGCCGUGGAAGAGAAAGGGUUUUCAGAUGUGGCUCUGGAAGAAACAUAAGCUUCGCAUCCAGGCUUAUCAUUUUCAAUCCUCUUUGGCACACAGCCCUCGGUUCGUAAAAUGGUUGAUCUCCAAGCGAGCUGACAGGAGAUGACAGAUGAGGCCUUUGGGCAACAUGUUUCCCAGAGUAGCUUUCCUUAGCGUGCAUGGUAACGCUGAACUACGAUGUGAAUUUUCUUCCCUGCUGAUGAAACAGCACGAGUUGCGACAUGCUAGGGAAGCUGGGUCAGAGGAACGAGGCGGCAUAACUUAACAGCGCAGCGAGAAGCUCCCCUGCGAGCGGGUUCCCACUUUGCGGAGAGCGGGCACAGCCACCGCCCCUGGGCCGGCGAGCGAGCAGCCACCGCUCCCACCCCGGCGAGCCGCGUAGCGAUCAGAAUCCGUCGCCGCCAAUUUCCCCCCCUUUGCUCGCACCCUCCUCUCUGAGGCCAGUCAUAUUGCAUAGUAACAUCUAUACGUUACUAGUCUAUGUUGCAAUGUCAAUAGCAAGAGUAACAUAAUCUGUGGUAAUGUACAAACCUCAUUAAUUGUUUUAUAAACUCAUUCUAUCUUGUAAAGUGUGAUGGCACACACUCUCUUUAUUUAUUAAUUAUCAUGCCAUGUCA